AGCUCAAGUUUUUUACAAUUUACAAUGUUUUGUUGAAGAUUACAAAAAAUUAUUAUGAAUCAUAAAUGUUUUAUGUGUAAUUUUCAAUUGUGCUAGUAAAGUUAUCAUAAUUUUGUUCAAUUAUGGAUUCCUCAAGAAGAACUAACUCCGAAGAGCAACGGUGUGUUCUUGGUUUACAAGAUUUGAAAAUAUCCAACAAAGACGAAAAUGAUACUGAGCAAGCGCACUCUGCUUCUACUUCAAAUUUAAGUGCUCAAGCGAAGCCUAGGCCCGUCGGUGCGAUAGAGAGUUUUACUUUAGAAAAUGCUCCUGUCAAUCGUCAAGAUUACAGUUUUUACGAGCGAUCGAAUGUAAUAGCGUCUUCGAAAUUCGCGACUCCCAAGCGAGUAGAAACCAUAGCGUCGAUCAAUAAGCGCGAUAUUAACACGGCAGCACUUCCGGCGAGCCCUACGCGAUCUAUAGACUCCAUUUCGCAAAGGUCGCUCAGUUACCAAACUGAAGAUUUGUACGAAAUACCAGGAAAUACUAACACUCAGUAUCCACCGCCAGUGUACGAAAACAUCGAAUAUUACGGCGAGCAACACUUACCGCAGCCCCCGUACUACCACCAGCUGUACCAGAGCUCGCCGCUCGUCGCCGACGGGUACUACAACACCCGCUACAGCAAGGCGCAGCCUCAGGUGCCCGUUAAUAACAAAACCAAGUUAAAUCCACUGCUCUAUGAGAAUAUGCUUUGUCCUGAAAAUGAUAAGAUCGAUUAUAAAGUGCAACCUAACGUGGACCAGCAAUACAUUCAGCAAGGCUCUGUACCAGGACCCCAGGUGCCCAACACCACUAUAAAUAGGAGUAGUUCUCAGAAACUGCUCAGUGAUAAAAGCAAAGUAGACAAGGCGCCUCCCCCACCACCCUACAUCUCAACAGAUAAUUCCAGUAGUGAUUAUACUAUUAUGAAGUCGGCACCACCAAAAUACACUGAUGUCAGUGCUCUUUUAAAAAAUAAUAACUCUGUGAGUUUUGAUGACAAAGUUGUGACAAUUCCUUCCACAGCCAUUUAUGCAUCAAUUGCACCAAGUGCUCAGAGACCUAAGGCGAAUAUUGCUACUGAGGUUCAGGGGGCUGUCAUUGCUCCAAAAUACUUUCACCCAAAACCACCACCUCCCGUGGGGAACGGACUGGGGAAAGUGAAGCCUGCUGUUAAUGGCAGUUACAUUGCCACCCCAAAGCCUAUCCCUAAUAGAAUGCAAAUAGUUGAAGAUACUAAUGGCUCUGACUAUGUUUGCAUGACUGGAGGAUCCCCCGCGGCUGCUGUGGCUGCAGCAAACAAGGACAAUGUGUCUCUAGCAUCAGAAUCAAUAAGUUCACGUAACAUGGCAUCUAUGUGUUCACCUGUGCAAUCUCCUGCGCCUAGUCCUACUCCUAGCUCAGUGUCCCAGUUGUCUGGAGGUUCACGAGGCUCCGGAGGCCGUGGGAAGAGCCUCCUCCCUUACAGUAUCACCCCUCCACGGCCACCAGGGCCUAGCGAAGCUCAGCGUAAAAUAGAAGAAUUAACACGACAACUAGAAGAAGAAAUGGAGAGACAGGAUGAGGAAGGAGAAUACUUUGGUAUAUGUCACACUUGUGGUGCUGGAGUCACAGGUGCAGGCCAAGCAUGCCAGGCUAUGGGCAACCUUUACCAUACAAACUGUUUCAUAUGCUGCUCAUGUGGCAGAGCCUUAAGAGGCAAGGCCUUCUAUAAUGUUCACGGAAAAGUGUAUUGUGAAGAGGAUUAUCUGUACUCUGGAUUUCAACAAACGGCUGAGAAAUGUGCAAUAUGUGGGCAUCUAAUAAUGGAAAUGAUUUUACAAGCAAUGGGGAAAUCAUACCACCCUGGUUGUUUCCGCUGCUGCAUCUGCAACGAGUGUCUGGACGGGGUCCCCUUCACUGUGGACGUUGACAACAAGAUCUACUGUGUCAAUGAUUACCAUCGCAUGUUUGCUCCCAAGUGUGCCAGCUGUGGUAAAGGUAUAACUCCUGUGGAAGGUACGGAUGAGACGGUGCGCGUGGUGUCCAUGGACCGCGACUUCCACGUGGACUGCUACAUGUGCUGCGUGUGCGGCAUGCAACUCACCGACGAGCCUGACAAGCGCUGCUAUCCAUUAGCUGGGAAGUUAAUGUGCCGCGCCUGUCACCUGUCCACCAUCGGUGCGGCGACGGGGCCGGGCAUGCCGCCCGCGCCGCACCUGUCGCCCGCCUCCUACCAGUACAUGGGCUAAACCGUCACAACCUCCGACUUCCAGAAUGUUGUGUUUGCCCCUCUGCCUUCCAGAGUGUUGCGGUGUGUGGCUGUUGCACCUCUGGGCUCCAGAUUGUUGUGAUAUAUGGCUUUUCUUUUGCAUAUUAUCGAUGCAAAAUGAUUUUAAUGAAUAUUUGAAGACCUGAUAAAUAAAAAACUUAUUGCGGAAAACUAGUGAAACUAAUUUACCUAUACUAGACUUUAAACUUAAUACCUAUUGGAAUGAAAAAUGAAAAAGUGGUGGCCCUUAGAGCAAGUUUUUUAUAUUCCUUGUCAGGCUUUACAUUGUAUUUGGUUCCUUCCUGGUUUAUUCCUUGGUGUUACGAACGCACUGCCAAUAUGUAUAAUAAACGUGUGGUAAUCAGUGAUCUCUAUGUACUCACUAGAUUCCAAACAAAAAUUUUUGCUUGCUGCUUGCUUUAGCUUAUUUAACUUGAAUGGUCAGUGUCAUAUUAUUAAGUAGGUUAGCUUCACAGAACAUGAUUUUUGUUUGGAAUAAUUGUUCCAUACAUUUAAUUCAAUAGUGUUCAUGGUCUUACACCGAAAUUGUAUUGUAGGACAGUUAUGGUGCAAACACAUUGACUUGUGGUGCGUUGUGACAAUACAGAAAGAUCAGAGUAACUCAUUGAAGUCUAAUAGCAUAGUUUGUUCUGGUCUGACAUACUACACGACAUACUACAUGCAUAUGACAUGCAUUGCAACACUGCAAAAUGUUCCUACAAAUGUAGGAACAGGCGAUUCAUAGCGUCAAAUGACGCUAUGAAUCGCCUAUUUUUCUUUGAUUUCACGUCAUCCAUAGUCUAAUAUUUUUAAAUAUUGUUGAUUCAGGAUGAAACUGAGAGUUCCCUCCUUCUAGUUCACUCUGCCACUGUCAACAGCGAUGUUGACUUUAAUAUUAGCGUAUGAAUAUGCCCUGUUUGAAUAUUUGUUUAUGAAAAGUUUAGGAAUGUGCGAAAUUAUAUUUUGUUGAUAAAAAUGAUGUUGAUUAAAAUGGUUUGUAAUAUGUAAUAAAAUAAAGUGAAAUGUUAACGUUUGAUAAAAAUGAUGUUGAUUAAAAUUGUUUGUAAGAUGUAUUAGAACAAAGAGAAAUGUUAACAUUUUAGUAAAUUGUUAUAAAAUAAUAAGGGAACAGCCAUGUUUUCUUGACCUGGUUUGUCACAUUGGUAAUUUUGAUAAAAGUGAAAAAAAAUCAUAUUAAAAAGUCACAAAAUGUAAAUGAUUCAAUUAUCCUAAAGAAAUGCGAGUCAUCCUCAAAAAAAUCAUGAUAUGUGAAUACAUAAUAUGCUCAAUGUGUAGCUAUUUUGAUGUUAGAAUAUUUGAGUACCUAAUAAAAUGUAUGUGUGAAGUGAAUCAAUCCUUUGACAGCUUGAUGUAAGUGGAAAUAGAAAUGUGGGACUAGAACUGUUGGUUCAGUAGUGGUGUUUUGGUAGAGAUGUGUGACUGAGAAUAAACCUUUUGUAGAUUAUAUUAAAUUAAUUAGAUUUAACUGUAUGCAUGGUUGUUAGUUAAGUAAUGAUAUAAUCAAAUGUAAUUUAAUGGAGCCAGAAAUGGUUUAUGCCUACAAUUUAUAUGUGAUAUAACAAUAAUUUGCGCUUAUCUGGGAUCCUUGCAGUCAGGAGGGAGUAAGAAAUUGGAAAAACAGUACAUUUUUGAAUAAGGGCUCAAUUGCAUUUUUUUUUGCAUAAUAAGUAAACAGUAUUGUUGAAACAACUAUUGUGUCAUCUGGGGAAAUAAAAUUGAUUGUUAUUUUUAAUA